UGUACACACACACACAGACAUGUACAUACACACAGAGAAACAUGUACACACACACACACGUAUACACACAGGCACAUACACAUGCAUACACACAGAUACAUGUACAUGUACAAAUCACAGAAUACAUGCACACAACACACACACACACCAUAAAAAGUUGCAGUACUUCGUUGUUCACUCACAGAGCUGGGUACUGCACUCUAGGGGGAGGCAGAGAGCACAGCACACACUCCUUCCUUUGCUUUCACUGCGCUCAGCUAUUGAGCAGUCUGAUGGCUCCCAGUGCCAAUGACAGAUCCGGCCUGAGCUCCGAGCCUGCUCAGAAAGACAGCCCUGGGGGACACACUCGCCCCCACUAUAAUUUCCACUAGCCAUUGGCAAGCAGGCGAGUGGAAAUUUCAAGCCCUG